CGACACACACACCAGCAAUACACUGGGAAUGGGGGUAUGGUAUCCAGUAUCUGUUGAAAUGUCCGGAUUCUAAGCCAACCACGAUGGGGUAAACCAGCAUCGUCAUCUUUAGGUGUGUCAGAUGGACGUUUUCUAACUUAUAUAGGAAACCUGUCAUAUCUUCGGGAGUGUCGUCUGCCCCGAUGGAUGGAAAGAUGGCGCCGUUAUAGAAAUAUGGCGUCCUUUUACCCCAGUGUUUAGGACGCAAAUCAAUGAAAAAUAAUAUGGAUACAUCGAUGGGCCUUGCUAUUUUCUGCGUUCUUCUAAGCAUCUUUUCUGGCAUCGAUGGCGCUUGUACAUAUCCUUCAAACCUCCACGAUGGUUCUUUCUUCACUACAAGUGGGGACACUCUCAACUUCACUAGCACAACUAUGGCAAAGCUGGCCAUUCAUACAUUCGGCACGUUUACAUUCAGCUGUGACCUAAACAGUGGAACGCAAUAUGUCAGCAAGUCCGAGGUGUUUUAUAGGUUCCGUCUGCCUUUCGAAGCCUUUAUUUGUAUGGAAAUCACAGAAGUGUCGUCAAACAAAUACACAUUUCACCAACCGACAAACGAACUCUCCGAUGCAGGGGAUAUGAGGAUUAAGAUUUUUCUGCAGGGCAAAACUAUAACAUCAGUGUCGGAAGUGUGUGACGUCACUGAUUAUACUAAUUUGACGAGUGUUUUCAUGAUUAAAGAUGGCACCAUCGACUCUGAAAAGGUUGAAUGUCCAACAGUCCUACAAGGCUACUCCUCGUACACAUAUGACGCCGGAAGUGGAAAUUUGUGUACCGGAAGUUCCUAUCUAGACACCUGUACCGACACCACCCUUAUGAGCUUCAACCUGACACAAUGUACACAGAUUCAAGCGUACUCAGCUGGUGGCCAGGUGAACUGUUUAAGCUACAGUACGAGUGGAGACUACACUUCCCUUGUCGUCUAUAACAGGGAUACCUCUGUCGACCAAAGUACCACCUACAGAAUGUCAUGCUAUGUAUUAUCUUCAAACUCGACGACCGUUUACGCUACCCAGUACCCUAACGGUUGUUACUUUGGCCAAACGUCCACCUCAGUAAAUUCUCCAGGUGCCACCGUAGUCUUCACACAGACGGACACUUGUCCUGUUGUCACUACGACCGAAGCUCCAGAUACUACGAGUACAGCAUCUACCGGACUCAUCAUUGGAGUCGUCAUUCUUAUCCUAGCCCUCAUCCUCAUCAUCCUCUUUGCCAUCUGGUUCUGGUGGAAGAAGAAGAAAGAUGAAGAGGAGAGGAAGAGGAGAGAGCUUGCAGCCCUGGAAGAGGGUUUAUCAGAUGGUCUGCCUGAUGAAUCGAAGUACGACAUUGAUCGACUGAUGUAUACGCCGGAUCAGCUCCUUACGCCUUCAAACGUCCAUCCUAAGAUGACAGGCAAAAUACUCGACAGGGAUAACUUCGAGGGAUUUGGUGAUGAUGAAUAUAUUGACGAAUUUGGAUGGCAAGAUAUGAUCGACGCGCAAGACUUCAUGAACAUGCGUAAAAGAAAGGACGGGAAGGAUGAGUUCGAAGUAGGAGACCCUAAAGACAAAAACAGUAAGAAGAAACUGAAAGACCUUAUGAAGUCGAAGAAAAAGAAGAAGAAAAAGAAGGGAAAGAAGAAGAAAAAGAAAGGAAAAAACAAACAAUAUGAAACUGAUGACGAGUACGAGGAUAUCGAAGAUGAUGAUGAAGUAGAGGGGCAAGUUGGAAAUAAACGAGAGUUGACCAUCUACCUCGACGGAGCACAGGAGGAAGAAAGUGGCGAUGAUUCUCCUAAUGACAGUAGACGAAAAGCAAGAUUCGAGGAGACGGAUGACGAUAAGAUGAAACGAAAAAGGAGGAAGAAAAAAGACAUCGAUGACGUAGAGACGGUUAGUGGUAUCAUAUCUUGUGAUAUGAUGAUAGGGGAUUUGGAUACGGAAAAGAGCCUUGAAGUACCUCGGCUGAUUCUGCCAAAUUUAAGAGAUUCUGGUGUUGAAGAAGAAACUGAAAAGAAAAAACGGAAGAGGACGAAAGCCAAAAGAAGCGAACAGCCUAUGUCCUUCAAGUCAUUCCGCAAAAGGAAAGUGGAUGCAUGGCUCGAUAAAACAGUCCCUGCUUUUGACGGUGAUCCUAUUCCAAUGUUCUAUGAGGACCCCAAAUUAAAGACAUUACCUCCCCUACAGCGAGUUAACAGGAAAAAAGAACCUAUCUUAUGGUCUGAUAUCCUCAAGAAAUACGGAGGAGACUUCAAAGACCUUAAGGAAUUUCAGGGUAGACGCAAUAUGUCUGAGAACCGAUGGAGGAAACUUCUUGAGGAGCUUUAUACAGACAAGAAAUACUUCGACUACGUCAACAAAAGUUCUAGAGGGAAAGAUGUUGAGGACGAUCUGAAAUCACAAGCAAAGGAUGGUUUAGAAUACCUAUAUGAUCGUGCAACAUUUUGGGAAGAGCAGAGACCGAUUCCUGCAAGACCAUCGUCGUUUGUUCCACCUUUAAAAUUGAACAGUUCGAAGACCCCAAGGGGCAAGAAGAAAAAGACAAUAAGACGCGCCCCUCAAACCCCCUUGACACAAGUUAGACUAGAUUCAAUGGACGAGUUUCAAAAACCUCCUCGAGAGACGACAUUUUGAUAUGACUGUUUUGAAGAAAUGACUGUUUCGUUUUAAGCUGUGAUACAUGAACGGUCAAUGUGGGUGCUUUCGGGUGUUACGGUAAAGGGUUGAUAUUCUUAUUCAUAUGUUUGUAAUUUUUAUUUGAAAGUUGUCAUACUAAAUUAUUAAUAGGAAUUUUAAUGCUGAUUUAUCAAUAUUUGUCAUGCACAAAUGAAUCAGCCAAUGAAAGUUUUAUUGAUUCGCCCUUGAUUUAUAAUCAUUGAUAUUAUUAAGACUUUUUAAAGUUCUUACUAGCACGUUGUUUAAUUGUUGUCUUACAGUGCUAAACUUUCUAUUGUAUAGUUGGCAAUAUUGUCGCUGUGAUUGAAAAUAGCACAAAAAUACAUACUCAGCGAAUAUUGUAGAGUAUAGACGUAUUUAUUAAUACAGAGGUUGCGCGAAAAUAUAAUGCCCACGAAAUAUGUAGGUUCAACUGGGACAAAUAUUAGACCCGUGAAUUUUAACAACUAUACAGUAGGUAAGUUUGUUUAUAAGGAAAACUCCAUUUUAAUUUACAUCACUACAAUCUCAGCCCAUGUCGAAAUCAUGAAUAUUUUAUGUAUUUAUAUUCUGUCUUUGUUUAUGACAAUUGGUGUUUGAGUGUUAUACACUUUUACAAUUUAUUUUGUUAUGAAGUAAUCAAGAUGUCACUAAAACUGUCAUACUGUCGUUUUGUAGUAUUGUUCUGCUGUCCUUUUAUUAUGGUGUCUGUGUAUUGGUGAUUCCACAUGAAUCACACACCUCUUUUUCAUCCCAUACUCAUUUAUUCUUAGAAAAUGAGGAUUUGUCUUUCAGUCCUGUUUAUUACAUGUUUAUCUUUAUUGUUGUUGAUAAUCAAUUAAAUCCACAUUCAUUGCA